GGUUUAUACGACGACGUUUAAUUCAGAGCAGCUUCUGCGUUUCCCUCUCCCUGUUCUCCUUUUAGUUUUCAGUAUCUCUCUAGGGUUCCUUCCUAAUUCCAGUUCUUUUCAAAUCCACUUGUCUUACUUUUAUUUUCUAAAGGUUUUAAUCUCGAUGGCGGAAACCAAAAGCGGUGGAAUCGAUGUUUCAGGCAAUGUCGCUAGUGGUCGAAGCUUGGGGUCUCAACCUGAGGGUAUUGAGUUGAAAACUCGAGUGGAAGCCAUGUGGGAGCAAAUGAAUGGAGGGACUUCUAAUAAGACGCUCAAAGCAUUUUUUAACAGUCCUAGUUCAACUGUAAAUAAAACUUCAUCACAGAUGUCCAAUAGUUGGAUUACAUAUCUAGGCUUGGCACAAAAGGGCACACCACAAGGUGGAUCUAUUGUUGAGCAAAAUGGUACUAAUAAUUAUGAUAAGAAGAUUGCUGCCAUAUGGGAGGAGAUGAAUAAAGGAGUACCUAAAAGGACAUUCAAAACCAAGCCUAGUUUAUCUGUGAAUACAACUGUGCAGACAAAAACCAAUAACUUUAAGCAAUAUUUGGGAUUUGCAUCAAUGAAGAAACAAUCCAUUGAGCAAGAUGUGCAGGAUGGCAUCUUGCCACAAACGAGAUCUAGUGACAUCAGUGAUGACACCAAGAGAAUUGCUGCUGCUGCUCUGUCAGCAGUCAGGGAUGCUGCAUCUGCUGCAGCAGGCAGGGGGAAAGUCGGGAUAAUUGAGGUACGGGAGUUUGCUGGUCAAGAAAUUGAAGUUAAGAAGCUUGUUGAUGCUGAUUCAAAGGAGGCAUCUGAAAAGGCCAAAGGUCCUGCAACUUCUGCUGUUGAUGCUGUUCUCGAACAGAUUAAGAAGAAACCAAAGCUGAGUGUGCUUGAUAAGACGAAGAAGGAUUGGGGAGAGUUUAAGGAAGAGAAGGGACUGGAGGAGGAGUUGGAUGCUUAUAAGAAGAGCUCAAAUCAGUAUCUGGAUAAGGUUUCCUUUUUGCAAAGAGCUGAUUACCGGGAAUUUGAGAGGGAGAGGGAUGCACGGUUGGCGCAACAGGCCAGGAGGAGGACAGAUAUGCGGGAGGAGCCAUGAUUUAUUGGUUACUCAUGAAUUGUUCUUCACUAGAUAAUUCUUAAGAUCAUCGUAUGAAAGUUUUCAUAGUGGAAGACCCGCACCAAGCCACUAAGACUAAGUACAACAAAGCCUUGUUUUACCAUAGUAUCUUGUUCUUGGAAUGCGAUGGCUUUAAGUGUUAGUUGGGAUAUUCCAAAUGUUUCGGGGAUCCUUUUUCGGUAUUUGUUAGAGCAUUGAUGAAGGAAUGGGAAGAUAAUCUUAAUUGUAUAA